ACCUGCGGGUAAUUUUUUCACGCUAUUCCAUAAGUUUGUUAAGAUUCCUAUUGAAUUUAUGAUAGACUCAUGGCCCUUCCAUGGUGAAAUUUCAUCACGAAUACCUAUUGCUGAUUCUUGGAUUCAAGUUACGGCACAAUACGAUCACACGAGCAAAUCCGGAUGCCCCCUCUGCCCGCCUUAAACUUAAAGUGAUAGCUUAACUCUUGAGAAACAGCCCUCCCUGAGGAUAGUAUCAACCAACUCGGCAAACGAAGCAGUAGGCAGAGUUUUCUCUGCACAAGAGGGCUACCAUGCGGAUCAUACUAAGGCCCAUCUUAUUUUUGGGAUUCAUUCAAAUUCUGAGAGUGGAAUCGUUGACCCGUCAAGACACGUCAACCGAAAUUGCACCACUGACUAAUACCAAAGCUAGUAGCCGAUACAGAGAUCCGUUGCUCGCUAAGAUUUGGCCGAAUCGAACAUCGAUAACGAAUGAGGAACGUAUCAAAGCGCUCGCCAUAGCUCUUCAGAACGCGGACAAAGUUUUGAAUGGAAAAAGGACCAGAAAGAACGAACAUUCGGAAAAAUCUGCACGCGUAUAUUCCUCGACGAUAUCGCAAUCCGAGGCACUUCACGCUAGGUCGGACGAAGGACCUAUAGAUUCUCCACGUCGAAAUGUUCGCUUGCGUUCUAGGACGGCAGGACGAUACUCAACACCGUCAGCCGUACUGCUACCACCUUAUAAAUCCUAUACUCCGGAGUUCAAUUUUGAGAACGAAAAGAAUGUUCAAUCAUUGCCACCAGCGGCGAAGGACAAACUCGUCACGACGGAACUCCCCGCAGAUAACGCAACUUUUAAUCGAACGACUUCAUCGUAUCCUCUGAAAGAUGAACCGAAAAAUUUUCCAACGGAUGAACGUGGACCGAACGAGAAUAACAUACCGCGGUAUUUUUCCCAGCAAAAUGACAAAAGUUCCUUCGGUGAACGUGGGGAAUAUCCACCGACAUUACCGCAGAAAAUUGAAACCACGUUCCCACCUUACUGGAGCACAACCACUUCGGAGCCACUAAAGAUAAGAUUGAAUGCAAAUGCUACAGAGUCAAAUUAUAGAGGACGUGGAUCCGCCAAGUACAAUCAGAAUGCAAAUGAUAUUGAACUUUCAAAGAAAAAAGAUCUAUUCUCUUCCGAAGAAAGUGGGUACUAUUGGGGAAGACGCCCUGCUCAAAACGUCAAUCACUACAAAUUUGUUGAUACGGCGUGGAAAGUUGGGGCUAUACCGGGGGUACCUGGACGGGACUAUCCUGUUCACCAGCACCACGCACAUAACCAGCUUCGUUAUCCAUCCAGCAGAUUCAUUUGUCCCGUUGGUCCUGGAACACACGUCUAUCUCGCCGAUCGUGCAUCCAGAUGUCAGAUAUUCUACGUGUGUUACGGUGAAAAGAUUGGCGUACCGAUGAUGUGCCCAAACGGAACACUUUUCAGUGAACAACUACAGGUCUGCGAUUGGUGGUUCAAUGUUGCCUGCUAAUCUUUAUCAUCAUGUAUGUAAAUACAUAUCAUAUUAUACUUUUAUAAUAAAAAAAACUUGUUUCUAAAGGUCAA